AUGAAAAAGCUCAACGAGAGACAGCACGUCGAAGAGAAUACUCAUUCAAAUUGCUGGCGACGCUCAAUACAAAGCCGUGGCAGGAGCAGAAGUAGGCGUGAAUCCCGGAGCCGAAAAAAUAAAGUCGCCAUAGUCUUCGAUGAACUUCACAGAAGCGUUAAACCAACAGAAUAUGUUUGCCAGUUACGAGGGAAUUACUCAAAUUCACACGCUGAUGUACAAAUGUUGGAUUUGUAUGAUGUGCUGCCAUUUGACAAUCCGGAUGGUGGUGUCUGGAAGCAAGGCUGGGAUGUUACGUACGACCAGGAAAAGGUCGCAGAACAAAAAACUCUGCAAGUUAUAGUAUUGCCUCAUUCUCACUGUGAUCCUGGCUGGAUUAAAACAUUCGAAGAAUAUUAUACAUCUCAAACGAAAAAUAUUCUUGAUAAUAUGGUGAAUCAUUUGGGAGAGAAUCAGAAGGAUAUGCGAUUUAUCUAUGCAGAAAUUUCAUUUUUCGAAUUAUGGUGGAAAGAACAAAGCGAUGAUGUGAGGAAUAAAGUUAUACAAUUGUUGAAAGAUGGACAACUGGAACUUGUGACUGGUGGUUGGGUGAUGACAGAUGAAGCGAAUGCACAUUAUUUUUCCAUAAUUACUGAAUUAAUCGAAGGGCAUGAAUGGAUAAGGAAUCACAUUGGUCGAGACUUCACUCCAACAAGCCACUGGUCGAUCGAUCCAUUCGGCUUAUCUCCAUCGAUACCAUAUCUUAUGUCAGCAGCAAAUAUCACUAAUGCAGCGAUUCAAAGGUGCAGUCUUUAUUCCUUCAUAGUUAGCAAAACACGUCCUCGUUAA